CAGCCAAUGAACAUCAUCAUACUAGGUGGCGGAAUAGCUGGUCUGACCACCGCUCUUUCUCUCACCAAAUUCGCACCCGCCUCACAAUCGCCAAACAUCACCAUAUAUGAGAUCCGGCCGGAGCCCGCAACGAUUGGCGGUGCUGUAAAUCUGACGCCAAAUGCCCUCCGCCUUCUUUCACAUCUAGGGGCGCUUGACGAGAUCCAUGCCAAGGACUAUGGCGCUGAGUGUCUCGCUGUGGAAGUCUUUGACUUGUACACCAACACAAAGAUUGCCGAAUCUUCCUUUGGAGGCCCGGAAGGCAAAGGCUUGGGGGAUCCGCCGUUUACAGCGCUGAGGAUAACAAGAGGCGAAGCUCUAAAAGGCGUGCUAGCUGCGAUUGAAAAACAAGCAAACAUUCAACUCAUCUGCGGGAAGAAGACUAUCAAGAUUGACGAAGACGACACUGGUGUCAGCAUCGAAUUCGAAGAUGGGGGAAACGCAAGAGCCGACAUUCUCAUAGGCUGCGACGGCAUUCACAGCGUCACACGCCUCAAACACGUCGAGCCCGAGCGCAAGGCCGUGUACAGCGGAAUUUGCAAUGCGUUUGGUUUUGCUCCACGCCGCAAAGACUCUAAUGGUGAUAUGGAACCCGCGCAUUUCCAAGUCACGGGCAUGAACUUUGGCCGCCGUGGCAUGCUCCUAACGUCGUUCCACGACGGCGCCAAAGAAAGCAUCUACGUCGGUGCCCUAAUGCAAGUCCCGGAAAUCGCCGACCGCAACGGGUGGAAAGCCGCUGGCGCCGAUGCACAGAAAACUCGCAACGAAAUGCUAGAGCGCUACUCGGGCGCAGCGAACCCGCAAAUCGCCCACUGGAUCCAAGACGCAGAGGGCCUGUACCUCUGGCCCGUGUUUACGCUGUCCAAGGGCGGCAAGUGGGCGACAGACCGUGUGAUGCUCAUUGGCGACUCGGCACAUGCCAUGCCGCCGCAGGGCGAAUCCACCGGCAUUGUGUUUGAAGACGGCGUCUUGUUCGCGCGGUGUCUGGCCAAGUGGAUGCAGACGAGGCGCGAUGCCCGUGUCCCAGUCAAAGAAGCAUUUGAUGCGUACGAAUCCCUUCGCCGCGCGAGAAUCGACACGGCUUUCGAUGAGAGCCAGAGUGUGGUCAAGACGGUGCAGGAUACGCCGUGGUGGGGCCACAAGAUCAAGAUUAAUAUCGUGCCGUGGUAUUUGUGGUGGACGAGAGCCUAUCGCGAGAAGCAUUUUGUAGAGGAUGUUACUGCGUGUGAUAUUGGGUAUUAAGAGUGAGUGGAGAAGUUUUGUAGCGCUUUGUAAGGGGUGAUAUUUAGCUUUGGUUAGAGUGGAGUUGUGGUAAUUCUGAUAGUAUUUGUCCAGGUGCCAUCGUUCG